GGACAUUUGAAAAGAAACAGCGCGACCCUUUCCUGCGUGUUUUAAGAAUCUUAAACAACGUAAGAAAUAUCCAACAUAAUGACUACAAAGAAACUUGCAAAAGAACUGGGACUACUGAGGCAGAGGAGUCAGUCAACAAAUGGAUCCAAAACAUUAUUAUCAAAUCAAAUAUUUGCAUACCUGAUUGUGAUCGAUUUUGAGUCAACUUGCUGGAAAGAGAAAACCAACUAUGGCCAGGAAAUUAUUGAGUUUCCUGCUGUUCUGCUCAACACGUCCACAGGGGAGAUCGAGUCUGAGUUUCAUACUUAUGUCCAACCCCAAGAGCGUCCCCUUCUGUCCGAGUUCUGCACUGAGCUGACCGGGAUUAAACAGAUACAAGUGGAGGCAGGGAUCCCCCUUCAGAUCUGUCUCUCUCGGUUUAACCGCUGGCUGCAGAAGAUGCAGGUGGAGAAAGGUUUGGUCUUUCCAAACGGACAACAGAAAUCUUCUGCACCUUCACCUUCUCAGAAACCGUGUGCUUUCGUCACGUGGUCAGAUUGGGAUCUCGGAGUUUGUUUGCAGUACGAGUGUAAACGCAAGCAGCUCCAUAAACCUGUUGUGCUGAACAGCUGGAUAGACCUGAGAGGAACCUACAGGAUGUUUUAUGACAAGAAACCCAAAGGCUUGAAUGGGGCGCUACAGGAUCUGGGGAUACAGUUUUCAGGACGAGAACAUUCUGGUUUGGAUGACUCCCGAAACACCGCUUGUCUGGCAGUGAGGAUGAUGAGGGAUGGGUGUGUGAUGAAGAUCACCCGGAGCCUGGAGAAGGCGCCAUCAAUGGUCAAACCCAUGUUUGGAAACACAACUGCAGACAGCAAAAAGGAAAAGUUGAAAACCGAUAAAGAGAAGAACACAUCUAACACAGAAAAACCUUCAUCAUCCAAGAUUCCUCCUAAAUCACGUCAGAUAAAAUCAUGUUCAGAGGACAUUACAAAGUAUUUAGACACAAAGGAGAACUCUGUUCAAAGCCUGAUCUCACCAAAGACACUGCUGAAUGGUACAAAUACACCACUAAUGGGAUGCAGCAGGAUGUCAGUUUCAGCAGGGGCUAAUACUUCCUCUUUAGUUAUGAUAAACUGUCCUUCACCCCACAAUAACACCACCAGUCUUGUUCUGUGCUCCACUACUCUGGGCUGCCUCUCAAAUCUGCCAAACCAGCCCUCUAAAACAAGAGAAGAAGUAGGAUAUGGGGAAGCAAUCUGUGUGGAACCGGAGGACAGGUGUGGUUCAUAUGAUGAUGUGGUGUUGGAGGAAGAAAGUGUCAGUAUUGGUGAAACUGAGAGAGAAUUUGAUCAUGAUUAUGUGUCAGAUUUUGACAACGGAUGUCAUGUGUGGGGAAAGCCUGAUGCUGCACAUUUACCAGGCGGUCAUGUCACAUUAAGGGACAAAAUAAGAGAAACAAAGAGCAUUGUUGACAACUUUAAAAUUCAUAAUAUGACCGGUGAAUCAUCAACAACAUCUCUACCUACAAACAAAAUCAUAUCCCACAUUAAUGUGUCCAAUAACUUACAUGAAAUGAGGCAGCAUUCAACAAUCUCGGAGCACAGUACUUUUACUGUGCCUAGAGCAGUGCCCUCGGACAAAUCAAAUUACAAAACAGGACUUAAAACCUCUCUACCAGCACAAGAAAACUCAUAUUCGUUUAACAAAAUGACUCAAUUAUUAAACACAUCCUCUCUAGUCAAGCACAAACCCUUCGUCCCAGAAAAGACCUCCACCCCUUUCACUUCAUUUACCAAGCCCAGAGCAGUCGUCACACAACACCCAAAGCCCAAAGAGACUCCAAGAUCUUCCUUCCCCAUCUACACCGACGCAACUAAAACCUCUGUUCGUUCCACCGGUGACUCUUUUUCCAAGACUAUCCUCGCCUCUUUGUCCACCAACUCACUCAAUCAAUCCUCAUUUUCUAUAUCAAAGAGAGUAGGUCAGAGGAUCACAUCCCCUCUGUGUGGGUGUGGGCGUCGUGCAAAGCGUCAGCUGGUUUCUAACGGGGGUCCGAACCACGGGCGAGGGUUCUUCUGCUGCCCGGUUCGGCGCUCAGGCAGCGGAGGGAGGAUCCAGAAAGGCUGCGAGUUCUUUAAGUGGGAGUCGGCUGUGAUGAAGAGCAGUUUAGUGGUCGCUGCUGCAGUCGGUUCCUCUGUGUCACUUUGUCAGAUCAACUCCUCUCUGAGCCGUCCUCCACCCCUAACCCUGCUGAGAAAGAGCUAUUAAAGCUAGGGUUGGGAACGUAUUUAAGGGGGAACAUGGUUGUACUUGUUGGAAUACUUUUAGAAUCUCAGCGGUAAAUCCAAUGCUCUGACAAAAGAAGAUGAAGCUGUUGCAGGGCUUAAAUAACUUAAACCAAUAAUUGUGUUUAAAUGAAGGGAUGGCCAAACUGUCUACCUGCAAGUUAUCUGCUAGUUUGACAGCUGUGAGUACUAACAACAGCAAUUUGUUGUUUUACGUUCAUUGUGGUGUGUUGACGUUUAUAAUUAUAGUUUGGGAAGGGGAUUUGGAGGGAGGCUCGUUAGAUUUAGUGUAUUUUAGAUUAUUGGAAAAGAGUUUGAACCCUGAGUUGGAUUUUUUGUUUGCAACCUGUCCCUUACGCUUGCUGGCAUUAUCAAUUGUUCUAAUCUAAGCCCAAGCACAAGCUUUAACUUGUUGGAGAAGAAUAAGCUAAGAAGGUGUGUUAUACCUCCGUAAUAGAGAUUUGGGUGUUUUUAUAUCCCCACAAAGACAAACAUUGUGUUUUAUCAAAUGUGUUUUUAUGUUUUGUUUGAAGAAGAAAAAAUAUCUAAAUAGAUGCUUAUGAAAACAGAGAACUAUUUUUAUGAACUACCUUUAGCAGAACAAAUCAAAGUUGUCAUUUAAUUGACUUAAACCAUUUUCUAUAAAAUCUAUUAUUGUUUGUUUGGACAAUUAAUUUGGUGCUAUCAAGUUGAAAUGUCCCAAAAAAUCUGCCUAAUUGAUUUCUGUAUUUCACAUCAUUGUAAUGUAAACACUUUUUAAUGUCUAUGAAAUGUUGUUAUACCUUUAAAGGAUAUUAGAUUUAAUUUGCACUAAUGAAAAUGUAAUUUACCUCAGGAAAUGUGUUGAAAUGAUUGUAUUUUUUACAUUUUGACCACUGAUGAACUCUGAUAAUGAACUCCUUUUGCCAUAUCUUGUACAGUAAUUACAUAAUUUUUAAAAAUGUGGUGAUCAAAGUUUUUGUUGAGUAAAAUGAACAGGCGACUGUUUUAAUCAUGAUUUUGUUUCAUGAUUUUCAUUUUUUCUGGACAGUUAUAAGGGGUCUUCUAAUGUUUAAAAGUAGCAGAACUAUGGUAAAGUAUCCUAUUACAAGUCCUGCAUAACAUUAACACACACCUUUGUAACCUUCCUCUGAACCUGUCCACAAUUC